AUGCUUUGCAGAAUGCUCGCCUUGGUCUUAGCCACCUCAUUUUUCUUGGGCCAUACAUUAGCCACUCAAAUAAAAUCCGUUAGUUUUGAAGGGCUCUCAAUUGAUUCCAUCAGUUCUCAGUCUUUCCCUCACAAAAUGUGGGAGUUGUCGUUCGAAUUUACGAUUGAGGAUGUCAACCAAAUUUCAGAAAGCGACUACUUUCUGCUAGACCUUCCUCAUGUUUAUCGCGUCAAGUUCAGUAAUGACGCUGAUUAUCAGUACAUUACAAUGGCCGAUGGAUCCGACGCCUUUAAAUGCUAUGCUUCGCAACAAGCAGCAUACAAGUACGGGUCAUCUGUUUUGAGAUGCGAUGCUGUCAGAACAUUUUCCUCAUUCACCUCCUUGCGGGGAAACCUUUCUAUUGGUGCCGUAUUCAGCAACGGGGGUUCUUCUUACGAAUUUGAGCUUGAAAACUCUAAAUACUUUAAGAGUGGAGAGCAGUUAGUGGAGCUUAGUGAGAAGCUGAGCGCUGUCGCAAAUUUUGCGCGAGCCCCAGACUUUGACAGCUACUACUAUGAGGGGCGCACGACCACGUAUGGCAGCAUGGAAUCCUAUUAUCUGGGCCUCUCCUGCCCUGACGGGUACAUUCUCGGUGGCACUCAGGUUAUAGACUACAGCCCGGGAACGCAGCCCAGUAGCUUCGACUGUUCUGACGCUCAGGUUCAAUUAUCAAGUGACUUCAACGACUGGUUCUUUCCUGAAAGUUACCAAUCGUUUUCAGGGGAUUACGUUUGUAAUGGUGCGACGCUUUCAAUUUCAUUUGACAAAAUUGACUCUGGAAAACGUAUUUGGGUGAACAAUCUUCAAUAUCUCGAUGCUUCGGCUUCAACUGUUUACCACAGUAUCUAUUUUGAUUACACAUGCACCAACACUUUGUCAAGCUUAGUUUAUACAACAGCAGUGCAUCAAUCUCCAGCUUUUGUCAUUAAAGAUGGCGUUUUCACCGGAAGUGCGGUAGUGGAUGCACUUUCGACUUCUGCUAUUUUAACCACGACCACAACUACUACUACAACUUGGAAAAGUGCCUACGCUACAACCACAACCGGUUCAGUGAGCUCCGGGGCCACAGUUAUAACGAUACACGUUGAUACUCCAGGAACAUCCUCUACACAAUCUUUUAGCUCCUCCCGCAGUGAUUCAUCUGAGUCAAUAAUAGCGUCCACGUCUUCUGAUUUUUCAAAGCCAACAACAAGCACAUUGACUGUAACAUCUUGUGUUAGUAACCGAUGCUCCAAGCUAGAACUCAUAUCGCCCUCGACUUCCUCAAUUGUGUCAAUUGUCACAUCAUCUCCCAGUGAGUCGAGUACAUCUCCCAGUGAGUCGAGUACACCUUCCAGUGCAUCGAGUACAUCUCCCAGUGAGUCGAGUACACCUUCCAGUGCAUCGAGUACGUCUUCCAGUGUAUCGAGUACACCUUCCAGUGUAUCGAGUACACCUUCCAGUGUAUCGAGUACACCUUCCAGUGAGUCGAGCACGUCUCCCAGUGAGUCGAGUACGUCCCCCAGUGAGUCGACAACUUCCACCCCGAUCACAACCUUUGCCAACCGUACCUCAGCACCGCCUUCAACGGGGCACUAUUCAAGCACAAUAUCAACUCCAGGCUUCCCAUCUUCGGCCCGAGGCAGUCAGUCUAUUUCAUUUGGUACCGUCCCGUUUACCGAAUUGUCAUAUUCAGUUUCAACAUCCAGACCAUCUAGCCUUGUCUUGACCUCAACUACUCUGAAGUCGACGUCACCAACGUCUUCAUUAUCAGGCUCCUCUCCAUGUCUAGGAACUGCGUGCUUUGAGACAGUCUCAUUCGUGAAGCCUUCGGACUCAUCUCCGCCUUCUCACCCGGCUAGCACAUCUUCGACAAGACCAACAAUGCAAACCGGAACUACCACUAUGGAAUUCCAGACCUCUAGCUCGAGCAUUUCCGCCUCGAAGUUUACGGAUUCUAAAUUAUUAAGUUCUGGCGGGGUUUCCAAGGCGACUUCUAGCUUCAGCGAAAGCACUGCGGCCACUUGGAAAGUUACUUCCUCAAUUACAAAAAGCACGGCAAGUUCGCUGGACAAGAGCAUUGUCACGACACCUUCCCUAACGACAAACAUCAUAAAAAGUAGUGAAACAGGAACUCAGUCUGAUUUAGCUUCAUCGGAUUCAUCGCAGGUCGAGCGGCCUGGUUCCUCCAAUGGAGGCGUAAUAACUUCAACCACUCAUCUUUCUAAAGCAUCCUCAAACGCUUUCUUGGGGAGUAUUGCAGCUUCUUCAUUUUCAUCAAGUUCAGACAGUGCAACUACUACAACAAAAGUUUCCGCGCAGAUUACGUCAACCCCUUCAUUGGUACUGUCUUCUACGAGUGCAUUUUCUUCGGCUUCGUUCUCCGUUUAUGAGGGUUUGGCUGCUCGUCACAAGUUCCAAGUGACACUUGGUGCCCUAGCGUCCUUGGUUCUCUACUCAUUCACAUGA